AUAAUUCCGCAUGAAGUUGUAAAUUCGAAGUACGGCGUGUAGCGCUAGGUACAUAGUAAAUGGGUAGUGAUUGAGAAAGCGCAUAGCUGAUAGAUGGCAUAUACUGACGCGCUACCCCACUAAAAUUGGAGCAGUUAAACGACGACGGUGUGUAGCGGACCAAACGCGCUACUACAAGGCUGCCAGACGCCAGCAAGGAGAGCGGUAGGAGCAGGAGGAGGAGGAGGAUAGAAAUUUGCAGGAUAUUUAAGUAUUUAUCGAGCAACGCAAAUAUAAUUAGCACCUAGUGAAGAUGCCAAUAGUUUAAGCGUUGCGGUAAACUUCGCAAUCAAAAUGAUAUGUUGCUGCCGGAUGAAACUUACGACGGCCACGGAAUACAUGCGACUGUAGCAACAGUCACUCAGCAGCCACCGCCUAACAAGGCUUUAACAAUAAAAAGCCACACAGACAUAAUAAAAAGUAAAAGUUCCAAAAAUAAAACCAAAUCGCUGAGUACCUCGCGCAAAUGCAAUGACACUCACAAUGGCCACGCUGAAGCAGUCAGCUUCAAGGGUAGUAGUAGUUGUGGCAGCAACGAAAGCAAAGACAGCGGCAAUGGCGACGUCUCAUUUCCGUAUUCCACUACCAAUUUCUUUACAAAUAUCCUGGACGCUUUGGGUGAUGAUAUAUUGCCACAAUGCGAAGUAUUCACACACCAACACCAACCCCAGUCAAGGGCAAGCGACGCCGAAGCGGCUCAAUGUCACAGCCUCAGCGUUAGCAUCAGCAGCAGCGAUAGCCACAGCGCCAAUGGUAGCGAUAGUGGCGUACGCGUGCGUUUGACGGCCAAUCCGGAUGUGAUGCGCGUUGUUUGCGAUAAUUUCCUGCGUCGGCAUCGCAUACGUCCGGACUUCUUUUGUCAAUACCAGCAAGCGAUUAGCGCUGCUGCAUUAUUGCAACAAUCCAAACCAAAGAAUGCGAAUACAGCGACUGUUGCAUGCCAGCCAACCGUCACUGUUGACACUCAUACUAAAGCCACUGUAACGACUGCGACGAAGGCCGUUGAAGUGACAAAAACGCCCGAUGACGCGGAGUUGGAUUUGAAAAAGCAAAAGAAGCAGCAGCAACAGCAACAGCAACAGCAACAGCAACAGCAACAGCAACAGCAACAGCGUGCAAAUGCAGAAUUGCUAAACCUUUAUACAUUGCCGCUGGUAAAGCACAAGAAAGCAUGCAAUGCGACAACAACUUUAGCGGCUACAACAACAUUGCUGCCUACUGCAGCUGCCACAGAUGAGCAUAUUUGCAUACUUUGUAUCAAGGCACAUUAA